AUGACCUCGCGCCGCCUUGUGAUGCCUGUCGAGGCAUGCACUUCGGUCGUUUCUUAUGCUGAAGGCGGAUCAGACGUCUACGCCAACGAAAAUCGCCCAUGGGAUCCUCCUUCAGAAGCGCGAGGCAUCUUUGGGGGCUUCUUACUUGCUCAGUCAAUCCGUUCUGCCCAGGAGACGCUGCCAUCCUCGGAAUACUACGUGCAUUCCCUUCAGUCAACCUUUAUACGCCAAGGUUCUAAGGACUCUAGACUUGUUCAUCAUGUCGAGAGAGUUGCAGAUGGACGGACCUUUGCCACCAGAGUCGUGCGAACCAUUCAAAAUGACAAGUCCAUAUUCAUGGCAUUCAUCAGUUUCCAGAAGUAUACAACGAAGAAAGAUCCAUCAAAUAUCUUCGAAUACGGGACGAAGAUGCCGAGCAUGAAUGGGAAGUCUCCAGAGGACAUCGAACCCGGCUACAAAGCGAUCAAAAGCUACAUGGGUAUUCCUCCGAACAUCGUAGAGGCCCUGCCGAACCCGUUUGACUGGCGUUUUCUGCCCUACGAAACUACCGCCGACCCGACCAGAUUCGAGUCGCUUAGUUUUGUACGCGCCCCGAAAGUUUCGGUUGACUCUCAAGCUGUUCAUCUCUCUGCGCUGGCAUACCUGACAGAUAUCUGGACCCUAUCUGUGCCUCAUAUGGCCUCAAAUGCAGAGUUUGGCAAAAUGAAAGGCACGCCGGGAAUGCAAAUCACUUUGAACCACUCGAUAGUCUUCCACGACCCGAACGCAAAGGUAGACGAUUGGAUGGUAUGUCUAAGGACCACGGAAUGGGCUGGCGACGGGAGGGUUCUCAUCACACAGAGGCUUUGGAAUGCGCAGAAUGGGACUCUGUUAUUGUCUUGCACUCAGGAAGGUCUGAUACGAUAUGCCAGGCAGCCUGUGAAAAUUUGA